GCGAGCCUAUGCUUAUCUCCGGCCUUUGUGUUUGAAAAUGUCUUAGUGUGGUCCCCAGCCUCUGGAAGCCUAGGGACGCUGAUGAAAUCGUGAGCUUCGGGUGCUGGAGAUGCAAGAGGACCGUGGAGAUGGACCAGUUGACAUUCAGCGAUGUGGCCAUUGAUUUCUCUGAAGAUGAGUGGGAAUGCCUGGACCCUCCUCAGCAGGAUCUGUAUAGGGAUGUGAUGUUAGAGAACUACAGAAACCUGGUCUCUGUGGCUCUUUCUCAUCAUUUUACCCAGAACUUUUCACCAGAACAGAUCCUAAAAUAUUCCUUCAAAAAAGUGACUAAGAGAAGACGUGGAAGUUAUGGCCUCAAGAGUUUGAGAAGUCAGGCAAAUGCAGAUGAGAAUAAAGGUCAAACAGCCUGCCAUGGUGAGUAUAACCCAUUCGUGAUCACAGGCAAUAGCAAAGAUGUCAUUGACAACAGAGAUCAAGAACAGAAAACGGCUGUGAAAAAAACCCAUGCUAGGACAGGUACUUUUGAUGAGCCAUGUCUCUAUAAACAAAAAUAUCCAUGGGAAAUUUUUCAAUAUAACUUACCUUUGAAAAGAUGUUUUGAAGGUCUGAAAGCGGGAAAAAUCUUUCACUCAAGCAUUUCCAUAGACAAAGAAUUGAGAGACAGAGAACUGAUCUCUAAAGUUGAUCAAGUAGAGGUUUCCUAUCCUGAAAGAUCCUUACUCUUCAGCCAGCAAGUUGAUCUUUCCUAUGGCCAGAUGCACAAUUCUGAUGGUUGUGGACUACUUGCUACAGACCUAUUACUGCAUAGCCAGAAUCCAGAUACAGAUAUUUGGAAAGCCACACACAUGUGUAAAGAAAUCAGCAAAGCUUGCAGUAACGGCUCUACACUAAAUGAUUGCAAGGAUAGUGUAGAGAAAUCUGGUCAGUGUGACAAAGUACACAAUAACAUUGACCCUGGCUCAAGUCCCACCAACCAGAACUGUACUCUGUUUCCAAAAAACCUUUUCAAUUGUGAAAAUUUCUUUACCCAGUGCUCAAAGCUUGCCAUUCAGCAGUGUAACUAUAUUCAAGAUAAUCAUCACAAGCAUACAGAUUGUGACACAAUGUUUAAUCAAACUUCAAACCUCAAACCUCAAAAACAUAAAAAUCGGUAUGCCCAGAAGUCCUACAAAUGUAAUGAAUGUGGCAAAGCCUUUAAGUAUUGCUCAAGUUACAGUAAACACAGCAUAAUUCACACAGGAGAAAAACCGUACAAAUGUAAACUAUGUGGAAAAUCCUUUACCCAGUGUGCAAGCCUUAAAAAACAUCAAAGAAUCCACACUGGAGAGAAGCCCUACAAAUGUGAGGAAUGUGGCAGAAGCUUUAACCAUUGCUCAAUUCUUAGUCAGCACCAGAGAAUCCAUACAGGAGAGAAACCCUACAAAUGUAAGCAAUGUGGGAAAUCCUUUACCCAGUGUGCAAGCCUUAGAAAACACCAGGUAAUCCACACUGGAGAGAAGCCCUACAGAUGUGCAGAAUGUGGCAAAGCUUUCACCCAAAGUUCAACACUUAACGAGCACCAGAGAAUUCAUACUGGAGAGAAACCUUACAAGUGUGAACAAUGUGGAAAGUCCUUUACCCAGUGUUCAAGCCUCAGAAAACACCAGAGAAUCCACACUGGAGAGAAACCCUACAAGUGUGAAGAAUGUGGCAAAGCCUUUAACUGCCGUUCAUCUUUUACUAAACACAAGAGAAUUCACACAGGAGAGAAACCUUACAAAUGUAGGGAGUGUGGCAAAGCUUUCAUCCAUUGCACAAACCUUACUCAACACCAGAGAAUCCAUACGGGAGAGAAACCAUACAAAUGCAAUGAGUGUGGAAAAUGCUUUAGUCAGUGUUCAAACCUUAGAAAACAUCAAAGAAUUCAUACAUGAGUGAAACAGCAAAUGUAAAAAUGUGGUAAUUCUUUAUCCAUAGUCCAGGGCUUGUUUAAUGUCAUAUAAUUAAAACUGGGUGAGUCCUGCUGAAGCAGUGAGUGUAGCAAAGUCUCCAACUUGUCUGUCAUUCACAAGUUCUUGGUAUCAGAGAAUUCAUUCUUCUGCAGAGAGACCCUACAAAUAAAAGCAAUACCAAGACCUCAGAUGUUUAUAAUCCUGUGCUAGGCACCACCAUCACUUUAGAAAGAAACACAAAUGAUAUUUUCUAAUGUGGGAAAAAUCUAAAUUGUUACUCAUCUCUUACUGAACAUUGAAUUCACACCUGAGACAAAAACUGGGAAAUAUUCAGAACCUGGCAAAACCUUUUUAGUUUUUCAACCCUCACUAAACACAAAAACUCACACCUGAGACAAACCCUACAAGUGCAAAAAAAGUGCCAAAGAUUUUUACUAUUUUCCAUACCUUAAUACUAGUUUAUAUUAGGAUGAAACACUAUAAACAUACCAAAUGUGUCAAAGCCUUUAAAUCAAGACACAAAGCAUUUUAACAUCAGAGAACACAGUAAAAAUUUCAACUUUGUCCCAAAUGCACAACUCAAAAGAGCAGUGAAACACUUAAUGUUCUGUGCACAUGUAAAAAGUAUAACAAUUAUAUAUGGACUCAUACUGUAAUUGAUAUUAGAGAUCUACAUGUGUGAAUGAUGUAAAACCCUUUGUUGUUACUUCCGAGAUGGUAGGUACUAUUAAUUGAUCUGAUAGAAGAAACCUCAUGGCUCUCAAAGAACUACCAACAUCUCACUUCUCAAAAGAUAUGGCUGUAUUACAUAUUAAAAGUUUCUAAAUAUGCUCGCUCAUGGAAACUGGAAGCUCAUUCUCAUGUACAUGUCAGAAGAACAAGACCCAUUUCUGAGUGUACUGGUUUUCAAAAACUAAACAACACAUUUUCUUUAUUCCAGAUAAAGUUCUAGGUGACAAACAUUACUAAUAUAUUCUUGGGUAAACAACCUCUAUUGUUCAUUUCCCCCAGGAUCUUUAGGUGAAAAUGUUGCAGACUGGGAAGUUUCAGAGUAUUGUGGACUGAACCUGUGUCUGUCUACGAUAGGAGGGAGAAAAAUACUCUUGAGGUUCUCAUAUAGUACCAGCCUCCGACUGACCAACUCCAAUAUAGGCAUCUCGUUGCUGAACAUCCAGUCCUUGUUAGACACACACGUCAAAAUGAGAUCAAAUCUGAGGUCUUGGUGUCUCUUGGACACAUCAAAAGGUGGUACCAACAUGGCAGAUCAAUACAAAAUAGUUCCUCCUGCUGCCAUUGAAGUCAGUUGUCCUAGUGGGAUACACAGAAGCUCAGUCCACUGUGGAAUGUAGGCAUAUGGCUGUUCUGGGUUAGUGCCGCCUGCAAGAUUUACAAACGUGCUGUGUUUCCUACUGACCUAACUGGGAAACCAGGAAGGACCACACGCUCCACGUGUCCAUAGAAAAGGAUGCCAGGGCAGCCCCCGCACCUGAGACUUGACUCUAGCAGCUCAGGCAGUGAUGGAUAGGUGGGAAGUGGGGGUUGUUUUGAAGUGUGAAAGGCCACUUCAGCCAUCCUUUUCUCACAGCAGUGCAGCAGCAAGCAUCAGAGCUGUUAGCUUUUUUGUCUAGAAAGACUAGAGACAAGGGUACAUGGAGGGGAGGAUCAGAUCGACUGGCCUAGCUAAACCCUGAUGAAUGAUUGAUAUGUUGAAUGUGGCUGGCUAGAAAGGUUGAAUGUGGUAUUAAAUAAGCCUCUAGGUUGGGGUAAGACUACAAGGGUCCUUACCUGAGCCUCAAGUUUUGGCAUUCCAAGAGGUGCCCAAUCUUUGGGGUCAUUACAUGUGAGACCUAGUCUAGGUCAGAGUGAAAGGGGUUAUCAGAAAGAGCCAGCCAGGCUUAUCCUGGUGAAGAAUGUAGAAUCUGGCUGGCAAAGAGGUUGAAUGUGACAUGGGAAGGAACAAGGGUUCGGGAGAGACAAGGGUCCUCCAGGCUUUGAAGUUGUACAACUUAGAACAUUCUCUCUCUCUCUCUC